AUGGCUGGCAGGAUUGCAAUUGCCACCAAUUUUAAGACAGCUUCAGCCUCAGAGGGGAACUUUCUAUGCACAAUCCCAUGGUCAUUCAUAACCGAAGGAGUAGAGUUAUUGAACACUAGGAGGACAGCAACACUAAAAUGGACGAAAUAUCCAGAUUCGGAUAAAGGCGAUGGGUGGUUGUUGGGCAGCAGCAGUUAUGCAGGAGAAACUGUGCAGGCGUAUUCUUCCUGUUAUGUCACAUCUCCGAACAUUAAUAAUUGGUUAAGAACACCAUAUAUCGAGCGAGGUGACGCUGAGCGCCUGCACAUAGAGAUGACAUUCACAAUGCGAAAAUGCGUUCGGCACAACGACCCAAGUAGCUUGCAGCAAUGCAAGGAGACUUUUAACCUUUACUAUUAUGAGGCCGAAUCGGAUUUCGCAAACCACCAGAUGCCGACCUGGCAGCCCAACGUCUAUUCAAAGAUAGAUACAAUCGCUGCUGAUACGCUUUAUGUGCAACCGCGUAAGGUGCAAGUUAACAACGAGACCAAGCACGUCACUAUCAAGCGAAAAGGAGUAUAUUUCGCCUUCCAGGACACGGGCGCAUGUAUAACGUUGCUUUCUGUCAGGAUCUUUUAUGUUACCUGUCCGAACGUUACGGUUCGCUACGCUUUCUUUAUGGAGACGCCGACAGGUCCGACCGUCUCGUCCUUGGUGCAAAAGAAAGGUGUGUGUGUGGGAAACGCCGUCGAGGAAUCUAACCCGACUUACCUAUGUCGAAGCGAUGGCAGCUGGGAUAUCCUUAUGGGCAGCUGUAAAUGUUUACCCGGCUAUCAGGGUAUUAACGGCACAAAAUGCGUCAAAUGUCCAGUUGGAACAUACAAAUGGCAUGCUUCCAAUGAACUUUGUCUCAAGUGUCCAAAGUAUUCUUAUGCUAACGGUGAGGGCGCUGAAGAAUGUACAUGUGAGAAUAGAUACUAUCGCCACAAAGACGAUGACCGUUCUUUACCUUGCACACGUAAGUCUUUAAUGAAACUACACAUUGAAUAUUCUCCGGCACUUUUGGUUCUUCCGUUUCCUAUGUGUUGUUUGUUGCUUUUUAUUUUACCCGCAUUUGAAACCAGCAUUCUUUUCUGUACAUUCUUCAAAAAAAUUUUAAUUUGA